AUGGAUCAGCUGACGUUAAAGCCGCGCAAGGCGGCUGUGGAGGAACCAAUUGAGAGCUGGGACGACGACGACCUGGAUAUUGGCGGGGACGAUUUCACCUUCCGGAGCGCGUCGCUGGCGUCGCUGGCAACUACUACGACAUCAAAUCACAGGGAGUCGCUCUCGUCGCGCCUGUCUAUCCGCUCCGACUUCGACUCAAAUCAAGGCGACGAAGAGAAGCAGGUGCAUCUACCGGGGGACGACGAGAGCUCAACAAUUGACGCGAUUGCAACCGCAAAGCGAGCUGGAAUACCCAUCCCGCAGAAUGUUCCGUCCUCAGCACUAUUGGGAGGGACCAUCAAGAGGCUGGGUGGGAGAAAGAUCAAGAGGAUCAUACAGGAUGACUGGGAUGACGGCGAUCUUGAACUACCUCGAGAUGGCGGCCUCCAGAUCAAGCGACCAGAUGGAUCAAACUUCCCAGAUGCGUUACGACAAGUCAGUGGUCCCGGCUCUGUCCAAAGCAGUCCCGUAAAGGCCCUUCGGCCACCGCCAAAAUUUGACAUCAGCCCACGGGCAGAGUUACGGCCCAAACCCGCCUCCUCUAACCUCCUGGAACGCUUCCGAGAUCAAGACGAUGACGAUUUCUUUGGAGAUGGCGGGGACACAAUCAAAGUUGCCAAAAGCCGUCAAGUCCCGAAGCUGUUGCCCCUUAUUACCCCGCCCACGCCACAGAAGGACGAGAAGAGCGCAGAUGCUGACGACGAUUUCGAGCGGGAUUUCCAGCUCCCUUCAAAUGGCGAGCCGUUGAGGUUAUCUGCUCGUAAAGAUAUCCCCAAAACACCGGCCAGCAUGCAGGAUGAGUUUGAUGAAUGGGGAGAAGGCAGCCUAGGAACGAGAUUUGGGGGAACGAAACGGGAUGCACGGUCUAAUCGAAGCUCUUCAGCGUCCGCCUUGAGUCCGAGUGUUGCAAGCUCAUUAACUGUUGAGAGCGAAGACGAAGGCCUCGACGGCCUUGUGCUUCCGACCGGCCCCAUUGCUUUUGACGACAUUCUCAAGAGAAGGCAGCAGGAUCGCUCACCUGAUCAUCAGUCUCCCCAAAAGCAGGCAAUCAAGCGUGCUGAGGUCAAAGAAGAUUUCCUGUCCGGCCUUGAAAUUGGCGAUGGAGAUGUGUUCGAUUCAAGAAAACUUACCCUCAAUCGCAAUGUUAAGAUGAAGACGACUCGGCAAACAAGCCCAACUCGCCCAAAAACGGCAGUCUCCUUAACUUUCACUAAUAAACCUUCCACUACCGCUGGUUCGCGCCUUCCGAGGCCGCUUGGCCAUGAGCGGGCAGCUUCGAAUCUGGAACCCGUCUCUGAGAGUGGAGGACCUAUCACGAACCGUAACCGCAGAUCUCAAUCCAGACUUGGAGGCCAUUCAGCGCAUUCCUCCGUUACUAGUAUUCCAACACCUACAACACCAUCCUCUAUACACUCCCUACCACCAUCAACCCCUCGCCGACGGGACCUAGGCUCCAAGCAGUCUAAUCCAGGUCUUCGCAAUGAACCGACGACGACCCAUGCUCAGUUGCUAAAACUUAAGCGAUCCAUGCCAACGAUGCGCCCAUAUCCCCAAUCACCAGCUAAACCAAUAGGAUCUCGCUAUGAACGUCCUCCGUCUCGUACGGAUAGCAGCAGUAGAUCAACUCAACCGUCUCGACCCAAGACACCAGUCGAACGAGACCGCUCCGGAGCUGAAUCAAGCCUGUCUCAUGCCCGCAAGAACCCCCUGCCGUUCCUGCCAGCAGGUGGUUCUAAUUCUCAGUCCCACCAUGUGGCUAUUAAGACCUCUCGUCAUUUCCGUCGCCACGACUCGGAAUCGUCAACUAAUAGCUUCGAGCUUCGUCCAACAUCACGAGCUAUGUCGAGGUCGACAAUGAGGUCCCCAAGCCCGCGACGGAACGCUCGCGGUGCCGAGACACUGGCCCGCGAUGCAGCUGCGAAACGGCAAGUAACCAAGCCGGUGCGCAGAAGGCAUUUCGGUGACGGUUGCGAGCUUGACGGAUUUGAUGACCUGCCGACUUCUCGGGACUCUGAGCAAAAGUUCGUCAAGGAACCUAUCGGUCGCGGCCCUCCCAAGCUAUCCUCCCUGAGGAACAAGGUCCACCAGGAAGUGGUGCCAUUGCGAACAAAUACCCCGACGCCCCUAACACCCUACUCUCCUGCCAGGACAAGAGACGAAGGCCCUCGAUUUGCACGUGAUACUGCUGCAAGUCGAAUGGCGAGAGAGCAUGCCUUGGCACAACGUGCUCCAUCUGCUCAAGGUGGUCCUCUCUCUACUCUCACCAACCAAUGGAAAGCCAAAGUAUCCGCAUCGACAGGCCUGAGCACGCCAAACGCCCAUUCCAUAAGGUCGAAAAAGCCCAAAGGACUGCCACAGAAACCCCACCUGAUCAAGCCACUGGGGAAUCAGAAUAACCCAAAAUCGCUUAAAGGCAUGUAUUACAACCCGCACACUUUCCGCUGGGAAGGGAACGAGAACGAACUUAGCCCCUUCGAUGCCCCUGCCUCGUCGCCAUCAACGGCCUCGGUACCAUCGCAUGCCUUUAAGGAGCCACCAAACAUCUAUCGCGAGAAAGAAAACACCACCCCUCGGCCAGCUCUUAUUCAGAAUGUCAAUUCAGCUCAAAAUGUCCAAGUCGUUGGUGGCAUGGUAUUCGAUCCCAUACGUAUGUGCUGGCUCAAGAUGCCUGGCCAGGGGCAGGAUAAGAGCGAUGUAGACACUAUGGACGGAUUCGAUGCCCUAGAUGAUGAUGAAGAUGUCUUCAAGGAUGUUCCUGACUUGCAAGAUUCCCCAGCUAAAGAGUUGGACGAAGUAGGUGGUCGGAAGAGCGAAGGCGCCAGUGGAUUGAAAGAUGACUGGCUUGUCGGCGAGGAAUUCGACGUCGGUCCAGAGUUCAUAAGGCGCCAGAGGGAGGAGGAGGAGAGGUGGCGUAGAAAGUGCGAGAAGUGGGUUGGAACUAAUAAAGACCGAGGGGGUGACGACCUCUGGAGGUGGAGUAUUCGGAACGUUGUGAACCAACAGUAA